GAAAGAGGCCUUAAAAAUGACAUCCAAUGGUUGGCCAAUUGUUGAGCCAAAAAAUAAUUUUGAUAGUUCUCAAGUUAAAUUUGGUACGAAAAAUCAUCGAAAACAAAAUUUGGUACGUACAAAAAAUUGCAAAACCAUUUUGUUGCCAUUAGCAUUUUGUAUGCUGCUAUGUGUAUAUGGUACAAGUGAAUCAGGACCAUCCAGUACGCUUUUCCAAACACUUUCAGGUUUUGUUUUCAUUGACCGUAACAUUUUCCGCCCAAUCCCAUGCAUUUCCCUCCUAUAUAUGGACUCCUCUCCCACCAUGGAUGGUAGGUCAAAGAGGAGCCAUGUGAGGUAGCUGUAUCAACUGAUAUUGCAAGUUCCAAUCCUUCCUUCUUGAAAUUGCUUCUACCACCACACCAAAAAGAAUGUGAGGGGGAAAAAAAAAACCAACUUGAUCCGCGGUUUCUGAUCGAAACACGGCUCUUCUGGUGGGAAAACCAUGUGGGUGUGGAGGUGAAGAGGGCUGUAGAACAUGGGAAAUUAAUUAAAUGAAGUGGCUCGAAGCUUCCUCUGCAGAUUCGCAGGAGAUUAAACAAUUGAUUGAUUUUGAAUUCCCUCAACUUGGAGUCGUUCAUUUAAAAAAUGGGUUUUGGCUCCUAUUUAACAGGCCCUUAAAGUGUUCGAAGAAACGACUGAGUGAAAGUGUCUCUGCACUCCCAGGAGUCUUUCAGCCUUUCCCAUCUUCUUCCUCCUCCUGUCCUCUCAUUAAUUAGCCGACAACAAAAAUGGUGAAAAUUAGCAUUUUUGAGAUGGCUGUCAUAGUUGUUUCUUGCUUUCUUUUAGUUAAGGUCCAUGGGUUCGAGGCUACCGGAUGGUCAAAUGCUCACGCUACUUUCUAUGGAGGCAGUGAUGCUUCUGGAACAAUGGGGGGAUCUUGUGGGUAUGGAAACACUUACACAACUGGUUAUGGGAUAAGGACUACAGCUCUAAGUACAGCAUUGUACAACGGUGGAGCAUCUUGUGGGCAAUGCUACCAGAUUAGAUGUGACUACGAAUCAGACCCGUACUGGUGUAUACAGGGAACUACUGUUACAGUCACUGCGACAAACUUUUGCCCACCAAAUUAUGCGGAAGCAAACAACAAUGGAGGGUGGUGCAACCCACCUCUCCAACAUUUUGACAUGGCUCAGCCUUCUUGGCAAAAGAUUGGCGUCUAUUCAGGCGGGAUCAUUCCUGUGUUGUUCCGAAGGGUACCAUGCAAAAAAAAGAGUGGGGUUAGAUUCACCAUUUCUGGUAGCAACUACUUUCAGCUUGUACUGGUAACAAAUAUGGCUGGGGCUGGAUCUAUCCAAGCUGUGUCAAUCAAAGGUUCAAACACUGGUUGGUUACCACUGUCAAUCAAUUGGGGAGUAAAUUGGCAGUCAAAUAACAACCUUUACGGCCAAUCACUGUCGUUCAGCGUCACCGCUACUGAUGGAGUAACGAAAGUAUUUCAAGACGUUGCCCCUCCUAAUUGGUGUGUUGGCCUGACCUACAGCAGUCCACUUCAGUUCUAAAUCUGAAGUAUGGCGUUAGAUUUUUGGAGUUCAAUGGCAGCGGCGUGCUUAUAUUGGUUUUACAAAUGCAGCCCGCCAUUUCUCCCAUUUUAGAAACGCAACUCCGCGCUAGAUGCGCCAAAAGGUUGUUGAAAUACCGUGCUGAAGAUUUUUUCAGUAAGCAGCGGGAUAACAUUGAAGCUUCAUCGGAUAUUUCUGGUUGUGCUAAUAUGCUAGCAGUGUACACCGUAGAUGAUGUCACAAUACUUGUCAUUGUUUCUGAGCCAACAAAAACAUUCUUUCUUCGAUCA